AUGCAAUUUUCAUCCAUGGAUUUAGCAACUCUAACGAUUGCCAUUUUGAUUGUUGACUUUUUUGUGAACUUGAUAAUUUUUCAAUUCAUGAAAUCCAAUGCAAGAUUUAGAAAUUAUUUUUUUCAUUUGAAUGCCAUUGGAUUUAGUGGAAUUUAUUAUGGACAUUUAUUGUAUCAAUAUUUAGUAUUUAAUGUUUUUGAAUUCUUUACGUUGAUGGAUGUUGCACAUUUAAUAUUGAAUAUGUUUAUUGGUGAUUUUCUGGGACAUGCAACUGGAGCCCUCUCUGGAUGUGUGGUCUAUUGGAUGGUAUAUCAUUUACAACAUCGAGUCAGAUUGUAUCAAUUUAAUAGUUUUGGAAUUUUAUUCAUUAUAUUAUUUGGAAUUUUCAAACAAUUACCAAAUAUAUGUAAUUCAUUUUGCACCUUACUCUAUCGAAUUUGGAAUGAUUUAUUCACAUCUGUACAGCGUACCACUUCAACUCGUAUCAAUAUUCCAUCCAAUAAUCAUUCCUCCACAUCUCAGAAUUCCUCUUCUUUUCAAAGUCCAAUCCAUUCCAAUACAAAUAAUAAUUAUGAAAAUAGAUCCAAUGAAAAUACUUCGAGUCAAGAUCGUUCAACAAGAGAUCACACCAACAGACCAUCUUUAAAUCGAUUAAGGAAUGAAAAUUCUUCUUUGCUCAAUCAAAGGCCUCAAUUAAGAAUCAGGAAUCAAAAUGAGAAUUCCACAGCGAACAGAAAUGAAAGAAAUGGCCAUUCCAUUCAAAAUGGUCGCAUUCUUCCUACCCUACGGCAAAGAAAUGUUCGACCAGGUACGACAUCACGAGUGACAAGUGACAGACCCUCCACAAUUCCUCAAGCGUCAUGUUCAUCCACCACGUCCUCUCAGACAAUACCUUCCAAUGAUAAUUCUAUUGUAUUAGAACAACCCUCUUCAUCCGCCAAUGCAAACAACAUUCAGCAAGAAUUACGAAAUCGAUGGAAAAAUGUUCGUUAUGAUAAAGUCGAAAAGUUUCGACAAGGCGUCAAAAGAAAAUUCACUUCGACAUUGUCUGGGAGCAGAAAGAAAAAAAAAUAA